GUUCACACUCAGAACAGAUAGCCCAAAGAGAUCGAAUAUCUUUAUCUUUAUACUUCUCUUCGGUGCGCAAUGCUUGCUAUCAUCCUCACAACUAUCCUAUUUAUUCCAGAAGUGUUUGCAGAGUCCGGUGUGCGAGGAGAAAUAAUCCAACAGGUGCCUGUCCAGUCCGCACAUCGAUACAAACGCAGUAAUCCUAGAUAUACCAUUGACUGUGACAGUUCUCCGUGUAUACAUGGGACAUGCAUUUAUGGAACAUUUAGCUAUCACUGUGAUUGCAAUGUGUUUUUUGGCGGAAUUAACUGCGAUGAAGUUAAAGCUGGUGUCAUUGUCUCCCUGGUAGCCGAAUUAGUUGGCUGUGCUGUACUAUGCUUUUUAUUCAUUGGUAUUUGGAGGAAAAAAUUUUACAGAAAAACAAAGAGAAAUACUGUUACCCCUUUGCCUGACUAUGGGACGAAUAGAUCAUUUAUUCUAGAACAUGACCAAGGCGGUUCAAAUGCUUAAGCUCCGUGUGAGUGCAUCUAAGAACAGAUAUAUUGCCAACAUCUUUUAAAUUAAAUCUGAGAAUAAAGAAUUGAU